UCAUACUUACAUAAUAAGUAUGCCUUUACAGCUACAAUUCCCAGUUUCCUUAACACAACAUCAAACCCCCUUUCGAUAAUUUUAUAAUAAUGUCUGAAAACAUCAUAAAUACUGAUAAUAAUAAUAAGGGUAGCCGUAAUAAUCGUGGCAAUAAUAAAAAUGAACAAGAUUUAAGACUUUGGAAACUCCUUUUCUUUGGUAUUAUUGGUGCUACUUUCGCUGUCGGACAACUUCGAUGGACUGUCGAUUGGUUUUAUUCUCAGUUUAAAAUGUCAGAGUCAACGGUCAAAGGUGCGGCAAGUGGUUUUUCGCAGUCAGGUUUUCACAGUGAAGCAAGGAGAAGGUAUGCAUAUCGGUUGAAGAAGGAGUAUGAAGAAGAAUUGGAGAGAGUGGAGCGUGUAAGGCGAAUGCAAAGAAUGUUCAAUAAGGAGAAAAAUAAGUACAGAAGGGGAUACGAGAGAUGGAGGGAGGGUGGUUAUAGCGAAUCUUAUCAACGAGAUGAUUGGUAUUGGAAAACCGAUACAACGUAUGGAAAUUGGAGUAAUUUCAGGGAACCAACUCGUUCCCCUGUUAAUUAUUCUUUGUCCCAUCACUAUGCUAUAUUGGGUCUGAGCAGGUCAAGGACAACGCCAUACACAGAUGAUGAAAUUAAGACUGCAUUCCGAAGCAAGGCAAAGCAAUAUCACCCUGAUCAAAAUCAGGAAAACAAAGAUAUUGCUGAAGCACGGUUCAGGGAGAUUAUGACUUCCUACGAGGCAAUAAAAUCCGAAAGAAAGAAUUCAAGAUAGCGAACUGUUUCUUGAAAUCUCCAAAUGAACAAACUCAACGGCAAAUGCAGUAGAGUACCAAGUUGAUGUGUAACUAUUUUUAAUUUAUUUAUUUCUUACUCGUAUUAACUAUUGUAUGUUUGAUCAAGGGAUGGAAAUAGUAACAUGAUAGAGGGCUAGAGACAUAAAUAAGAAUGUCCAAUACACAAAGCUAUUAAAAUCCUUAGCUAGGGAUGGCAACAUCUGACACAAUCCUUGAUACGAUACGACAUGAACUACCCUAAUACCCUAUACAGGAUACAUACAAAGGUUACAAUUGCUUAAAAUUGCACCAAUCCCUUCCACUUGAUCAAUCUAUGUUUUGUAAGAUCAAUAUACCAUGAUAACCCUAAUGUUUUGAUGUUAUGCA